AUGGUUCAUAAAGAACCCGAGACGUUCUCCCUGGUUAUCCCUGAGGGUCCGAUCUCUGCUCUAUUGGGAUCCUCCAUCACCCUUCCCUGUUCGGUUGACCCACAAUUCAGUGUGGUGUCACUGAAGACAACUUGGUACCGACCCACUAAGCUAAACACCCCCAUCCUGCAAUAUGAGAACCAAAAAGUCCAAACGGAUCCAUCUGAUGCCCUGUACAGGGGUAGAGUGUCUCUGGUAGGCCAGCUGGACCAGGGGAACGUGUCCAUGAGGCUGGAUAAACUCACACUAGAAGACGGAGGAGAGUAUGUGUGCUACGUCCAGAGUAACGUGUGGUAUGAAGAGGCUACCAUGUCUUUAGUUGUAGAAGCUGUGGGAUCUAUUCCAAAACUGUCAUCAUCCAAGGCAGAUGGGAAACAGGUUAACGUUAGCUGUGUAUCAGAUGGAUGGUCUCCGCAGCCUACAGUUACCUGGACAGGUGGAGGAGGAGAGAUCAUCACACUUCAUAACGUGGUCUACAGCACAGAUGAUCAGGGUUUGGUGCGAGUGACUUCCUGGCUGCUGCGUUCUGCAUCUGAGUCAGAGUCACUCUCCUGCUCUGUGGGUUUGUCUGAUCAGAAGAAGAGAGAGGGCACGAUUUUGGUCCACAGAG